UUUAAACGUAAGACAUAUAGUAAUUUAUAUUUACAUUUGUCAUUACGACCUCCAACCAAAAGAUGGCGUAAAACAAAUGGCUCGUCCUAGCCUCAAGUUCCGCCUGAGCAUUAAAACUUCCACCGGAAGUGCACUGGUCCUCUUUUACCAGGCUGAGCCAACAUGGGACGUGUCAGGACCAAGACGGUGAAAAAGGCCGCAAGGGUCAUCAUCGAGAAAUAUUAUACACGACUGGGAAAUGACUUUCAUGCCAACAAGAGGGUGUGUGAGGAGAUCGCCAUUAUUCCCAGCAAGAAGCUCCGCAACAAGAUAGCCGGCUAUGUCACACAUCUGAUGAAGCGCAUCCAGAGAGGCCCCGUCAGAGGAAUCUCCAUCAAACUGCAGGAGGAGGAGCGAGAGAGGAGGGACAACUAUGUUCCUGAGGUGUCAGCUUUGGAUCAGGAGCUGAUUGAAGUUGAUCCUGACACCAAGGAGAUGCUCAAGCUGCUGGACUCUACCAUUUCCUGUUUGAUCGCACUCAUCAAACAGACUCGCUCAUGUUUGUUUGCCACCAGGACUUUGGCGGUCUGUCCAAUCUGCAGGUGACUCAGCAAACGGUCGGCAUGAACUUCAAGCAGCCUCGAGGAGUUUAAAUAUUCUUCUAAUAAAAACCCUGUGGAAACACAA